AUGAACGCAAAGCAACCCGAAAAAUCCAAGGAACUUGCAACCUCAUCAGCGAGAAUCCGUGAUAAUCAGCGGCGUUCUCGCACACGACGAAAAGAGUACGUCCACGAUCUCGAGCAGCGAUUACGCGCGUUUGAAAAGCUUGGCGUAAAGGCCACACAGGAGGUUCAAGCAGCGGGCAAAAAGGUCGCAUCAGAAAAUGUUCUGCUACGAUCUCUGCUUAUGCUUCACGGUGUGACCGAAACACAGAUCACUCAGUAUCUGGAGUUACAUGGACACGUGCCUAGCUCCAUUCCACCUCAGUCCCGUGCAGAGCCCUCUUCGGGAUCGCAAAAUCCCCUUCAAAUAGCCCAAAGUUUACAUCCCGUCGCAUACCACCAUCGACCAACAAACCCAUCUCAGGAUGAGUUGAAGAAUCCGUCGCAUGAGCAAAGCCAAGCAAGUCUUGAGUAUAUACCAUCGGAAUCAAAUGAAUACAAGGGUGUGAAUUUUCUUCAUACUCAAGAAUCUGGCCCAGAAUCAGCAUCCAUCCCUACGCCCGUUACGACCGAGCCCCAGACCGAAUCACGGCAGUCUGAUAAUCGCGAAGAGACCGGCCAAUUCACAUCCUGUAUGGCAGCAGAAAUGAUCAUAAAAGAUAUGCAGGCCCAUUUAAACAAUCGUGAUGUGCGAUCUGAGCUUGGAUGUAAUUCAGAAGGAGAUUGCAUGGUGAAGAACAUGUCGAUAUUUGACAUAUUGGAUAAAUCACAGGAAUGA